UUAGUACUGUACUUAUUAUUUCCUUAAUCACGCAUGUCAAACAUUAACGAGGUAAAAUAAUUAAGUGUUUGUGCUGCUUGUUUUAUUUCUUUUACCGAGCGAUUCUUAUGCCAUUUUGGUAUUUGGAUAUGGUUCACCAUAUGAAACCAUGAUGAAAAAAAAAUGUUUCAUUAUUAUGACAUUUUGGACCAUCUUUGUUGUUGUAUUAGGUGUGUAUUGGUACCUAAAACAUUUACAUCAUGACUCACACAGUUUAAUGCGAACCAUUUUAGCUAAGGGAGCAAGUUCCACUAGUGAACCAGCAGCUAAGGUGUUUUUUAAUUCUAUGAAAAAGUAUUGCAAUCUACCAUCUUCUGAUAGUGUUUUUGGCUUUGAAGGUGAUUUUGAAGAAUCAUAUGGUCUUUUAGGAGUAAUAACAAUAUUUAGACAUGGUGAUCGGGGUCCAUUGACUACUUUGGAUGACAAGAGAAAAAUAAAUUGUAGUUCUUACAUAACAAAAAGCUAUAAGAAACUGGAAAAAAUUGUAAGAACACAUAAAUCUGAAACUCUUGCUGCUAAACUACUUCCGAGAAGUGAUUUUUGUAUUCCUGGGGUAUUAUCUAAGCAAGGAGCUUCCCAGCUAAUAGAACUAGGAAAUGGUUUCAAGGAAUCAUAUGCAAAACAUUGCAAUUUCUCAGAUUCUAAUAUUAUUAAACACCUUUCCGCAAAUACAACCUCAUACAGUCGGACAAUUCAGUCAGCAUAUUCCUUCUUAUUUGGACUUGUGGGUUCAGUGUUUUUAAACAUAAACAUACAAAAGUCGGGUGACGUGACUUUCUGUUCCAAAUAUUGCCGAUGCGAAGCUGCAAAUCGGUUUGAAAAAUUGCACAAGUUUGAACUAAAUGAUCUAUUUAAAAGCGAUGUCAGUGUAGCAAAUUUUUCGUCCCAGGUGCGAAGAAUCCUCAAAAACUCCGAGCAGUCAAAAAAAUCAAUUCUACCUACUACGCUAAAAGACAUACUUCUCCAUUAUGUCUGUCAUAAUGAUAUUCCUGGCUGCUCUACCGAUGAAUCUAUUUGUGUAAACUCUACGACAAUUAUACCCUUAGAUUAUUACUUACAGCGUGAAGCUAAAGCAAGCUCCAGUGGCCUUAACUUAAAGAAAGCGGGAAUUCUUCGUGCAUAUAGACUCUUGAACGCUAUUGAUCAACAGAUUUUGUCAUGGAUUAAUAUGUCAAAAAAGCGCAAAGCAAAAAAUUUUCUGUAUUUUCCCUAUUUCCAUGUCUUUUCCGGACAUGACUUAACUUUGAUGUAUAUUCUCACAAGCCUAGGCAUUUACGAUGGUUACCUACCGCAUUAUGCAUCCCGGCUUACUUUUGAAGUUCUUUCUAAAAGAAGCCAAUAUUACUUACGUGUAUUGUGGAAUGGCUUCGAUGUCACCCAAAACAUUUGUCCCUCCUCUCAGACCUAUUGCAAUGCUCGUUUUCUUGCAACUUUCAUCCGCCUUGAAAUGAAGCGCUACUUUCAAACUGAGGAUUUCCUGAGAGCCUGUAACCUCUAGUCUGCAGUUUAUUUGUCUCCACAUCUAUCACUUAAGAAGUCGCGUAUACGUUAAAACACAACGUUUGUUUUUU